AUGGUGGACAAAAUGUCAAGCUUCCUGCACACUGGGGACGUGUGCUCCCUGUAUGCUGAAGGCUCAACCAGUGGCUUCAUAAGCACACUUGGGUUGGUUGAUGACCGAUGUGUUGUCCAACCAGACUCAGGGGAUCUGAAUAACCCACCAAAGAAGUUUAGGGACUGUCUGUUCAGACUGUGUCCCAUGAACAGAUACUCGGCACAAAAACAGUUCUGGAAAGCUGCCAAACCUGGAGGAACCAGCACUACAGACACAGUUCUGCUCAACAAGCUCCAUCAUGCUGCUGAAUUAGAGAAAAAACAAAAUGAAUCAGAGAACAAAAAGCUUCUAGGAACAGUUAUUCAGUACGGCAACGUCAUCCAGCUUCUUCAUAUAAAGAGUAAUAAGUAUCUGACAGUGAAUAAGCGUUUGCCGGCUCUACUGGAGAAGAAUGCCAUGCGUGUGACUCUGGAUGCUGCUGGGAAUGAAGGCUCUUGGUUUUACAUACAACCUUUCUACAAGCUCCGCUCGAUAGGUGACAAUGUGGUUAUUGGAGAUAAGGUUGUGUUAAACCCAGUAAAUGCUGGACAGCCGCUUCACGCUAGUGGCCAUCUUCUAGUGGAUAAUCCUGGAUGCAAUGAAGUGAAUUCAGUGAACUGCACCACCAGUUGGAAAAUUGUUCUCUUCAUGAAAUGGAGUGACAACCAGGAGGUUGUCUUGAAAGGAGGCGAUGUGGUCAGGCUAUUUCAUGCCGAGCAAGAGAAGUUUUUAACGUGCGAUGAACACAGAAAAAAGCAGUAUGUGUUCUUGCGUACCACUGGGCGCCAGUCUGCAACAUCUGCUACCAGCAGCAAAGCACUCUGGGAGGUAGAGGUAGUUCAGCAUGAUCCGUGCAGAGGUGGGGCGGGCUACUGGAACAGCCUCUUUAGAUUCAAACACUUGGCGACAGGCCAUUACCUUGCUGCAGAGCUGAACUCCGAGCAUGAAGUGAUGCGGGCACGUGCACGGAACCCUCAGGAUAAGGUUAUGUACACACUAGUGUCUGUUCCUGACGGCAAUGACAUCUCGUCUAUUUUUGAGCUCGACCCCACCACACUGAGAGGGGGAGACUCACUUGUGCCCAGGAACUCGUAUGUGAGGCUUAGGCAUCUCUGCACCAAUACCUGGGUACACAGCACAAACCAGCCAAUAGACAAAGAUGAAGAGAAACCAGUCAUGCUAAGAAUAGGAACAUCUCCUCUAAAAGAAGAUAAAGAGGCAUUUGCCAUUGUGCCUGUGUCUCCAGCUGAGGUCAGGGAUCUGGAUUUUGCCAAUGAUGCCAGUAAAGUGUUAGCUUCCAUCGCAGCUAAACUUGAAAAGGGCACCAUUACGCAGAAUGAGAGGAGAUCAGUGACGAAGCUGCUGGAGGAUCUGGUUUAUUUUGUGGUGGACAUUCCUAGCAGUGCUCAGGAUGUGCUGGAGAUCACAGUCAACAAACCCAACAGAGAGCGGCAGAAACUCAUGAGAGAGCAGAACAUCCUCAAACAGAUCUUUAAGCUGUUGCAGGCCCCGUUCACUGACAGUGGAGACGGCCCUAUGCUGCGAUUGGAGGAGCUUGCAGAUCAACGCCACGCCCCCUUUCGUCACAUUUGUCGGCUCUGCUACAGAGUCCUGCGUCAUUCACAGCAAGAUUAUAGGAAAAAUCAGGAGUACAUAGCAAAGCAGUUCCGCUUUAUGCAGAAACAGAUAGGAUAUGAUGUUCUUGCUGAAGACACCAUCACAGCUCUGCUGCACAACAACAGAAAGCUCCUAGAGAAACACAUCACUGCUGCUGAGAUAGACACAUUCGUCAGUCUAGUGCGCAAGAACAGAGAGCCCAGAUUUCUGGACUACUUGUCAGAUCUGUGUGUUUCAAUGAAUAAGUCCAUUCCUGUCACUCAAGAGCUCAUCUGUAAUGCUGUGCUGGACCCAGCUAAUGCAGACAUUCUCAUUGAAACCAAGCUUGUGUUGUCACGGUUCGAGGUGGCAGGAACUGUGCUAGGAGAGAGUGCAGAGGAGGAAGAGGAGGAUGAAGAAGAGGUGUGGUUGUUCUGGAAGGACAGUAGAGAAGAGUUGAAGAGCAAGAGCAUCAGAGAACUUGCUCAGGAUGCCAAAGAGGGACAUACAGAGGACCAAGAAAUUAUCAAUUAUUACAGGUAUCAACUGAAUUUAUUUGCACGAAUGUGUCUGGAUCGUCAGUAUUUGGCCAUUAACAAGAUUUCAGCACAACUGGAUGUGGACCUGAUUUUGCGCUGCAUGUCAGAUGAAGAUUUGCCCUUUGACCUCAGGGCCUCAUUCUGCCGCAUGAUGCUGCACAUGCACGUGGACCGUGACCCUCAGGAACAGGUCACACCUGUCAAAUAUGCUCGACUGUGGUCUGAAAUCCCUUCACAAAUUGCCAUUGACGAUUAUGAUAAUGACGGGACAUCACGUGACGAAGUGAAGGAGUGCUUCUCUCAGACAAUGGAGUUUGUGGAGAAUUACCUGCGGGAUGUUGUGUGCCAGAAUUUCCCGUUCUCUGACAAGGAGAAAAACAAGCUCACUUUUGAGGUGGUGAACCUGGCGAGAAACCUGAUCUAUUUUGGCUUCUACAACUUCAGUGACCUAUUGAGGUUGACCAAAAUUCUGCUGGCCAUCCUAGACUGUGUUCAUAUCAGCACCUCCUUCACCAUCAAGCCGGACAGAGAGCCUGGAAAAGGAAGUGUGAUGCGGUCCAUACAUGGAGUGGGAGAGCUGAUGACUCAGGUGGUGUUUUCAGCUGGAUUUCUGCCAGCUACAACCCACAACCCACCUGACAGAAAUGAAGUUAAAGCCCAAACUGAACCUAAGAAACAAGACAUACUGGUGAUGGACACCAAACUGAAGAUCAUUGAGAUCCUACAGUUCAUUCUGAAUGUGCGGUUGGACUACAGGAUCUCCUGCCUGCUCUGUAUCUUUAAGACAGAGUUUGAUGAGAGCACUUCUCAGACAGAGCCAUCUGUAAACCAGGACUCUCCUGCCAGUGUACAAGGUGCGCUGGAUUUUGAGCACAUUGAAGAGCAGGCAGAAGGGAUUUUUGGAGGAAGUGAAGAGAACACUCCAUUGGAUCUUGAUGAUCAUGGUGGACGGACAUUUUUGAGGGUCCUGUUGCACCUGACCAUGCAUGACUAUCCUCCGCUGGUGUCAAGAGCCCUACACCUGCUUUUCCGACACUUCAGCCAAAGGCAGGAGGUCUUACAGGCCUUCAAACAGGUUCAGCUCUUGGUGACCAGUCAGGAUGUGGAGAAUUACAAACAGAUCAAAUCAGAUCUGGACCAGCUGAGGUCUAUAGUAGAGAAAUCAGAGCUGUGGGUGUAUAAGAGACAGGGGUCAGACUCAGGGCUUGACACAGGAGAGGUCAAUGCUGAAACUCACCACCAGGGAGACAAAAACUCAAAUAGAUCUUACAAACCCAAAGUGGAGAGCACCAGCAGCUCAAACUACAGAGUCGUGAAGGAGAUCUUGCUAAGGCUGAGUAAAUUGUGUGUUUUGGAGGGUAUCUCUGGCAAGAAGAAUAAGAAACAGCAACAACGGCUCCUCAGGAACAUGGGAGCUCACAGUGUGGUGCUGGAACUCCUGCAGAUCCCAUAUGAGAAGGGGGAGGAUGUUCAGAUGCAGGAGAUAAUGACUUUAGCCCAUCAAUUCCUGCAGAACUUCUGUGCUGGAAACCAACAGAACCAGGCACUUCUACACAAACACAUUAACCUGUUCCUAAACCCUGGGAUUCUGGAGGCAGUGACCAUGGAGCAUAUCUUUAUGAAUAAUUUCCAGUUGUGCAGUGAGAUUAACGAACGGGUUGUGCAGCACUUUGUGCACUGCAUCGAGACGCAUGGCCGCAGUGUGCACUACCUAAAAUUCCUGCAGACGAUCGUCAAGGCUGAGAACAAGUUUAUCAAGAAAUGCCAAGACAUUGUCAUGGCUGAGCUGGUGACAGCAGGUGAGGAUGUGCUGGUGUUCUAUAAUGACAGAGCGUCUUUUCAAUCAUUGGUCCAAAUGAUGCGUCUUGAGAGGGAACGGCAAGAUGAGAACAGUGCACUCAGGUAUCAUGUCCACUUGGUGGAGUUGCUGGCUGUGUGCACUGAAGGGAAGAAUGUCUACACUGAGAUAAAGUGUAACUCACUGCUCCCCCUUGAUGAUAUUGUACGCGUGGUCACGCAUGAGGACUGCAUCCCUGAGGUGAAGAUGGCCUAUGUGAACUUCCUGAAUCACUGCUAUGUAGACACAGAAGUUGAGAUGAAGGAGAUUUACACAAGUAAUCACAUGUGGAAACUGUUUGACGAUUUCCUGGUGGACAUCUGCAGAGUAUGCAAUAACACAAGUGACCGUAAGCAUGCUGACACAGUUCUGGAGCACUAUGUCACAGAGACCAUCAUGAGCAUCGUCACCACCUUUUUCAGCUCACCAUUCUCAGACCAAAGCACUAGCCUGCAGACCCGACAGCCAGUGUUUGUGCAGCUGCUGCAGGGAGUUUUCCGUGUGUAUCACUGCAAUUGGAUGCUCCCAAGUCAGAAGGGAAAUGUUGAGGCGUGCAUUAAAGUGCUGAGUGAUGUGGCUAAAGGUAGAGCCAUAGCUAUUCCAGUGGAUCUGGACUGUCAAGUGAACAAUCUAUUCAUGAAGUCCAACAGCAUUGUUCAGAAAACAGCCCUCAGCUGGAGACUGUCCAUCCGCAACGCUACACUCAGAGAUUCCGUUCUGAACACCUCCAGAGAUUACCGCAACAUCAUUGAAAGACUCCAGGAUAUAGUGUCUGCUUUGGAGGAGCGGUUGAGACCUUUGGUUCAGGCUGAGCUGUCUGUAUUGGUAGAUGUUCUGCAUCGGCCAGAACUGCUGUUCCCAGAACACACUGAAGCUCACCGCAAGUGUGAGAGUGGAGGAUUCAUCUGCAAGUUAAUAAAACAUACCAAGCAACUUCUGGAAGAAAAUGAGGAGAGGCUUUGUAUCAAAGUCCUACAGACACUCAGAGAGAUGAUGACCAAAGACAGAGGAUAUGGGGAGAAGCUCAUGGGAUUUGAUGAUGAGAUGGAUGCCACUGAGGUGGUGGAUGUCAGUCUGCCACCCAUACAGCUGGAGGAACAGAGGGGGGAGGCUCUGCGGCAGCUGCUUGUCAAUAGGUACUAUGGCUUCAGGAGUGGUGGGCGGAGAGAGAGUCUGACCUUCAGUAACUCCACCUUGACACAUGUUGGACCAAUCAAGAGCCAGUCGGGGGGUUUGAGCAAAGCCGAGAUGUCCCUAAUGGAGGUACAGUGUCAUCUGGACCGUGAGGGGGCAUCUGACCUGGUCAUCGAUCUCAUCAUGAAUACUACCAGCGACCGUGUCUUCCAUGAGAGCAUUCUAUUGGCCAUUGCACUGCUGGAGGGCGGGAACACCAUCAUACAGCAUUCCUUCUUCAAACGUUUAACAGAAGACAAGAAUUCUGAAAAGUUUUUCAGAGUUUUUUAUGAUAGAAUGAAGGCAGCACAGCUGGAGAUCAAAGCCACAGUUUCCGUCAACACCAGUGACUUGGGAAACAAGCGGUUUGAUGACAAUGCUCCAGACAAAUAUAGCCCACAGCGGUGGCGAGAAAAGGAUUCAGGCAUCAUAGUGACAGAUGAUGCUCGUGAGCAGCUGUUAGAAGCAUCUUCUGUGACCAAGAAAGCCUUUGGUUCAUAUCGGCGAGAUGCUGAUCCUGAAGAAGUGUACGGCACUGCAGACGGAGACAAGGGGGGCGGAGAUAUAGGGACAGAGCAGGGAGAAAUGAGCCCUGUCAUUCUCAUCAUGCAACCAAUCCUGCGCUUCUUACAGCUGCUAUGUGAGAACCACAAUCGAGACCUGCAGAAUUUUCUGCGCUGUCAAAACAACAAGAACAACUAUAACCUGGUGUGUGAGACCCUGCAGUUUCUGGACUGUAUCUGUGGCAGCACAACAGGAGGUUUGGGGCUGUUGGGCCUCUAUAUCAAUCAGCAUAAUGUGGCUUUAAUUAAUCAGACUGUAGAGAGCCUCACUGAAUACUGUCAAGGACCCUGCCAUGAUAACCAGAAUUGCAUUGCCACUCAUGAGUCAAAUGGCAUUGACAUCAUCAUUGCUUUGAUUUUGAAUGAUAUUAAUCCACUAGGCAGGAAGAGAAUGGACCUAGUUCUGGAGCUAAAGAAUAAUGCUUCUAAGCUGCUGCUGGCCAUCAUGGAGAGUCGUCAUGACAGUGAGAAUGCAGAAAGAAUCCUCUACAACAUGAGACCUAAAGAGCUGGUGGAGGUGAUGAAAAUGGCCUACCAGCAGGGGGAGACAGAGUUUGAGGAUGAGGAACAGGAGAACGGAGAGGACCAUGCUGCCUCACCUCGCAAUGUUGGACACAACAUCUAUAUACUUGCACAUCAGCUAUCCCGCCACAAUAAGGAGUUGCAAAUACUACUGAAACCAGGUGGAGAGGACCAGGCCCUGGAGUAUUACACUAAACACACCUCACAGAUAGAGAUAGUCCGUCAGGAUCGCACUAUGGAGCAGAUUGUGUUUCCUGUACCAAACAUCUGCUCUUUUCUGACAAACGAGUCCAAACUGCGUGUGUAUUACGGCACAGAGAGAGAUGAACAGGGCAGUAAGAUAAAUGACUUCUUCCUGCAUGCAGACGACCUCAUCAAUGAGAUGAGGUGGCAGAAAAUACUAAGAGCACAGCCAGUUCUCUACUGGUGUAGUCGGAACAUGUCGUUCUGGAGUAAUGUGUCUUUUAACCUGGCUGUUCUCAUUAAUCUAUUGGUGGCUUUCUUCUACCCUUUGGAUGGAGUAAACGACAGUCCACUGGAUCCCUCUCUUUCUCUCUUGCUUUGGGUGAGUCUGUUGGGCUCAUUGGGGUUUGUGUUGAUGUCACCGAGGCCGAACGCAGUAAGAGUUCUGGUCAUCUCCACUGUUCUGCAGCUGGGCUUCUCAGUGGGUCUGCAACAUAUGCUUACACUGCUGGGAGCUUUUAAUGUGUGCAAUAAGAUAGUGUUCAUGCUGAGUUUUGUGGGUAACCGGGGGACAUUCACUCGUGGUUACCGGGUGAUGGUGAUGGACAGAGAGUUCCUGUUUCAUCUGCUUUAUCUUCUCAUCUGCACUCUGGGCCUUUUUGGACACGUCUUCUUUUACAGUCUACUGUUGUUUGACCUGGUGAACAGGGAGGAGACUCUUUUGAAUGUAAUCAAGAGUGUGACACGAAACGGUCGCUCUAUCGUGCUGACCGCUGUCCUAGGUCUCAUCCUGGUGUACCUAUUCUCCAUUGUGGGAUAUAUGUUCUUUAAAGAUGAUUUUAUCCUGGAGGUGAACCACAUCCACAACAACACUCUGGAGGAGGGAGUUAACCUGGCCUCUGGUUUCCUUUCUGAGGGGGUUUGCAGAGGGAAAAAUGGGUCAUGUCUGCCUGUGGAUGAUGAAGAGGAUGUUGAGCGAGCAUGUGAUUCACUAUGGAUGUGUAUGAUUACUGUACUGAGCCACGGUCUCAGGAGUGGUGGUGGAGUUGGAGAUGUUCUGCGCAAGCCGUCUAAAGAGGAGCAUCUGUUUGCUGCACGGGUCGUUUAUGACCUGCUGUUCUUCUUCCUGGUGAUCAUCAUUGUGUUGAAUCUAAUCUUUGGUGUCAUCAUUGACACAUUUGCUGACCUGAGAAGUGAGAAGCAGAGGAAAGAGGAGAUCUUAAAGACCACAUGCUUCAUCUGCGGUCUGGAGAGAGAUAAAUUUGAUAAUAAAACAGUAACGUUCGAGGAGCACAUUAAAGAAGAGCACAACUUGUGGCACUAUCUGUUCUUCAUUGUACUGGUGCGGGUCAAAGACUCCACUGAAUACACGGGCCCUGAGAGCUACGUUGCUCAGAUGAUCAAGGAGCACAAUCUAGACUGGUUUCCACGUAUGAGGGCCAUGUCACUGGUCAGCACCGAUGGAGAGGGUGAGCAGAAUGAACUGCGCAGUCUGCAGGAGAAACUAGAUUCCACAAUGAGGCUGGUUUCCAACCUGACCAAUCAGCUCACAGAGCUCAAAGAGCAGAUGACUGAACAGAGGAAACACAAGCAGCGGAUUGGUCUGCUGGGAAACCCCGCCCACCUCAACAUGAACCCACAGCAGCCGGCUUGAGAGGUGGAUCCAGAGGACAGACUGACACAAUGGCAGUGGCAUCAUUAAAGCAAGCAUUUGCUCAUGGACGGCAGUACAUUCAGUAUAUAAUUUACGGCAGUGGUUCUCAACCUUUUGACUCCAAGGCUCCCAUUUGUCAGAGAAAAUACCCCCCUGCCCCAUGCAGGCUAUUAGAUAUAUCUAUUAUAAGAUAUUUCCUUAAAACUUGUGAUUCCAGAAAUGUCUUGAACUGUAUAUUCUUCAUUAAAAAAAAAGCUGUUGAAGGGAGUUAUUACAGUUGAAUUAUAAUAAUUAUAUAAUAAUAAUAACCUAUCAUAUUUUAAAUAAUAUUAAGAGAUCUUGAGGCCUCCCUAGAAGUGUGAUGAGUUUCCCUAGUGGGUCCCGUCCACCUGGUUGAGAACCACUGAUUUACGGUACGCAUAAACAAAGUUACUUACACAUCAGUGUACACUCACUUGAGGACAAUUGAGAAUAAUACAAUUUUAUUUAUUUUUUAGCACUGUGUCAUCACUUCAAAAGAACCUUUGCACUGUAUGAAAAAAAGGUUUUAUAGGAUACUUUCACAUCUGUAAUAAUGUUGAGUAUUUCUCAGAAAUACAGUUGAAGUCAGAAGUUUAUAUACACUUAAGUUGAAGUCAAUAAAACAAAUUUUUAAACCACUCCACAGGUUUCAUAUUAGCAAACUAUAGUUUUGUCAAGUCGUUUAGGACAUCAACUUUGUCAACUUUUGAGUCAUUUUCCAAAAAUUGUUUCACUUUUAAUUGACUAUAUCACAACUCCAGUGGGUCAGAGGUUAACUGUGCCUCUCAGCAACUUGGAAAGUUCCAGAAAAUUAUGUCAAGCCUUCAGACAAUUAGCUUCUGUGUACCUGUGGAUGUAUUUUAAGUCCUACCUUCAAACUCAGUGACUCUUUGCUUGACAUCACAGGAAAAUCAAAAGAAAUUAGCAAAGAAAAAAUGUGUCUGGUUCAUCCUUGUGAGCAAUUUCCAAAUACCUGAAGGUACCACAUUCAUCCGUACAAAUUAUAGUAUGCAAGUAUAAACACCAUGGGACCACACAGCCGUCAUACCUCUCAGGAAAGAGACGCAUUCUGUCUCCUAGGGAUUAAUGUAGUUUGGUGCUAAAAAUGCAAAUCAAUCCCAGAACAACAGCAAAAAAUAUUGUGAAGAUGCUGAAGUAAACAGGUAGACAAGUAUCUAUAUCAGUAGGUUACUCACGCAACCCCGGUUCUCUGAAACAUUGAGUGGAGAGAUCCACUUAUGGGAAGGGCAUCCGUACCUGACCUCUGCAGAAGCAUCCAAUUGCACCAAGUCUGGCUAGACAGACAGAAGCGCGUGACCUAUGCUCGGGAAGGACCCACCCCUUUACCUAAGAGCAUAUUACAACCUGCACGCACUGCUGCUCCUCAGUAAGUAUAUUCGCUUCUCGUGCAGCAAGCGGGGCAAGGUUGGUGGAUCUCUCCACUUGAUAUUUCAGAGAACCGGGGGUUACGUGAGUAACCUAUUGUUCUCUUUCAUCAUCUCGUGUUCGAGAUCCUCCUAUGGGAGACGUGGACAGCUCCCCGAUUGCACAAUACACUCACAGUGAGGUCCUGCAAGCCAGUUAAGGGAACGGUCGCCCCAAGGAGGCGGUAUUUGACACAUCCCAUAAUCAAGCAAGUAGGCCACCUUGAGAGGGAUUUAGGUGUCUGUGGAUACAGGGCUCGAUGGCGGGCGGGCAGUCGGUCACCCAUGCCAAUCGCCGUCAUAUCCUUCACUUCGAGGCCCGAGAGACCGUGAUUGAGGUCGAGCUGGUCCCCCCAAAAAUACCUCAUAUGCUUUGCGCAUGCUGUGAAAAGUUGUUUUCUCGGGCCAGGAGGGGGUCCUAGGAGUUUCCCUUCAUACGCGUCCCUCUCUUGGUCAGUGGCACUUUGUAGGGCUGGCCAUUCGAUAUUGAGGCAAGCGGCCGCUCGCUCACAAACCUCAAUGAGGACGGACUGGGGGAGGGCUGUGGGGGCGUUAGCCUGGGGAGUCAUGGAAGACCCUAGUCCUACAGUUUUCCGGAAACCCUAGAGCCUCCUUUGCGUGUUUGAGACCCAUGCACACGACACAGAAGGGAUGAGGGUCUCUGGCUGCGAUGAGGGCAGCCGUAGGUUUGGAAAAUGCCAUAUUAGGGCGAGACUCCGUAAAAUCCUUUGCAGGGGAAGUUGAGAGAGAAAGGCGGGCAGUCUGGUGGUAGUUUAAGAGAGCGUGGGCGGCUUGCAAUAAACAAGAAACAGCUAACCUGGCUGAAACAAGACAGUCACAUCUGGCGGAGGCUGAUCUGAGCGAUGUGUCCUCCUGUAGACAAAUUAGUGAAAGUCAAAAUCCAACCGAGCUGAGAGAAUAAAAAAAACAGAGGUCGCGAGAAGCGAAUGUCAACUGAAGAGCAGCAGCGCGUUAUAAGCUCUUAGGUAAAGGGGGCAUAGGUCACGUGCUUCUGUCUGUCUAGCCAGACUUGGUGCAACUGGAUGCUUCUGCAGAGGUCAGGUACGGAUGCCCUUCCCAUAGGAUUCCUAUAUUGACAUAACCUGAAAGGCUGCUCAGCAAGGAAGAAGCCACUGCUCCAAUAAACCACCAUAAGCCAGACAACAGUUUGCAAGUCCACAUGGGGACAAAGAGCUUACUUUUUGGAGAAAUGUCCUCUGGCCUAAUGAAAUAAAAAUGUAACUGUGGCCAUAAUUACCAUUGUUAUGUUUGGAGGAAAAAGGGUGAGGCUUGCAAGCCGAAGAACACCAUCACAGAAAAUUUGUGGGCAGAACUGAAAAAGCGUGUGCGAGCAAGGAGGCCUACAAACCUGACUCCGUUGUACCAGUUCUGUCUGGACGAAUGGGCCAAAUUCCAGCAACUGAUUGUGAGAAGCUUGUGGAAGGCUACCAAAAUUUUUGACCAAAGUUAAACAAUUUAAAGUCAAUGCUACCAAAUACUAACAAAGUGUAUGUAAAUUUCUGACCCACUGGGAAUGUGUUGAAAGAAAUAAAAGCUGAAAUAAAUCAUUCUCUACUAUUAUUCUGACAUUUCACGUUCUUAAAAGUAGGGAUCCUAACUGACCAAAGACAGGGAAUGUUUUCUACAAUGAAAUGUCAGGAAUUGUGAAAAACUGUGUUUAAAUGUAUUUGGCUAAUGUGUAUGUAAACUUCUGACUUCAACUGUAUGUCCCUUAUGUUUUCCUUGCAUCAGAAUGGAUUUAGUUUGCGAUAUUUAUAUAAUGUGUGAAAAUGAAUAAUGUAUUCAUAUUUAUUUUGACUUUCUUACAUGUCUCUCUCUAUUGCAAGAGUUUUUAUUGCUCAGAUUGCAAACCAUGAAGACUGAUUAAUAAUAACACAAAUGCCUAUUG